GACAGCCAGAGAUGGAGCCGUUUGCAGGCGACAGACCGCAGAGCAGCUGAUCCUCUUUACACAACAUUUCAAACACGAAGAUGAGGAUUUUAUUCCAGUCUGCCAACAGAACUAACUCGAGGAAAAACUAAAAACAGAGUCUGGAAGAAGAAGAAAAAAGAAAAAAGCCCAAACUCUCCCACUCCUUUAUAUGGAUUCCUACUUUAUAAUAAAGCAUCUUAAAGAUUCUCCCGGUGCGAUUGUGUGAGUCUGAUUUGGACCCGAUGUCUGUCAGGGAACUAUGGUAAGGCGAUGUGCACAGCCAGGUGCAAGGAGAGAUGUGCCACCGUCGCAGGAAGUGGAAGGGGGAGGGGUAAAGGACUGGACCUCAACUCCUGGUUUUGUGUGUCGUUCAUGUUCUCGGCUCUCUGGGGUCAGGCGACCCCGCAGUGCCCAGACAGCUGCCAUUGUGCCUGGGACACGGCCACCGUGAUCUGCUCGGACGCCGGGCUGCGGGAGAUCCCCGAGGGGAUCCCGUCAGACACCGUCUCCCUCCACCUGGAACGCAACUACAUCCGGGACAUCCCUGAGAGUGCCUUCAGCCGUCUGGUCCACCUGCGGGACCUGUACCUGUCCCACAACCGCAUAGACUCUCUGGCCUCGGGGAUGCUGCGGCACGUGGGCCCCGAGCUGCGCCUGCUGGACCUUUCGCACAACCAACUCAGGCACGCCAGCAGGGACGAGUUCGGUUCCACCCGCGCAAAGACGCGCCUCUACCACAAUCCCUGGCACUGUGACUGCACCCUGCAGGAGCUGAUGGAGACGCUCAACCUGGAGCCCGAGACGGUGAACGGCAUCAUCUGCGAGAGCUCGGUGCGAGGGGUGGGAGAGGGGAGCCGGUGGGAGGACCUGGGCUCGCACACCGAGCACUCGGGGCAGCCGCUGGUCAAACUCUUGGAUUCUGGGGUGAACUUCUGCAGUCUGCAGAGGAAAACCACCGACGUAGCCAUGCUGGUGACCAUGUUCGUCUGGUUCUUUAUGGUCAUCGUGUACGUCGUGUACUACGUCAGGCAGAACCAGGCCGAAGCCCGCAGGCAUUUGGAGUACCUGAAGAGUUUACCCAGCCCACACAAGACGCCCACCGAGACCGACACCCUGAGCACGGGGUUCUGAGCUCCAGCUGUCAUUGAAAUGAAAUGAUUUAGCGAACAUGUUAACCAGGGGAAAACUAACAUUUUACAACUGUUUGAUUAUUACUUUUCUUUGUAUUUGUUUUCCAGAGGUGUCAAGUAACAAAGUACAAAUACUUUGUUACGUUACUUAAGUAGAAAUUUUGGUUAUCUAUACUUCACUGGAGUAAUUAUUUUUCAGACGACUUUUUACUUUUACAUUUUCACGCAAUCAUCUGUACUUUUUACUCCUUACAUUUUAAAAACAGCCUCGUUACUCUAUUUCAUUUCGGCCUUUGAAAAAAAACUAUCCAGUUAAAUUGCUCCAUCCGGAUAGAGUGAAUUUGGUUGUGGUUGUUUCAGAUGUUCUUGUCCAGUUUUGUUCUUACAUCCGUUCCCUCAGAUUCCUGCAACUAAA